CUGGGAGUGAUGUCAGCUCCCAGCUCGGUGCCUGCCCGGAUUCCUGACAUGGUGUAGGGCCGAGAGGGUGGGGAAGGCGGGAGCGGGACGGGAAAGCGUUCGGGCUGAGAGCCUGCGGCGGGGCCGCCGUGCCGUGGCUUAGAACUCGGACGGAACCAGAACUUUUGGAACUAGUGCCGGCGGCUUUCCACCCCCAGGCCCACUUGAAGCAGUUCAGGAAACCUUUGCCGAGAGCCUCCGCCAGAGCUCAGCCCUCAAAUUCUGCUGGAAGCAGUAUAAAAGAAUUUUAUGGACCAGUUGGCUAAUAAGUACGUGGAAGGUUUGAAAAGCUGAAGAAAAAAAAUCAGCAUUAGACUUGGUUUUUAAAAUAUCUAGGUUGGAAUUUGCCCUUGACAAAUAACAAAAUGAUGAGUGACGCAAGUGACAUGUUGGCUGCGGCGUUGGAGCAGAUGGAUGGGAUUAUAGCAGGUUCUAAGGCCCUAGAAUAUUCCAAUGGGAUUUUUGAUUGCCAGUCUCCCACCUCCCCGUUCAUGGGAAGCCUGCGAGCUCUGCACCUUGUGGAAGACCUGCGUGGCUUGUUAGAGAUGAUGGACACAGAUGAGAAGGAAGGUUUGAGAUGCCAGAUCCCAGAUUCAACAGCAGAAACACUCGUCGAAUGGCUUCAGAGUCAAAUGACAAACGGACACCUGCCAGGGAAUGGAGAGGUAUAUCAAGAAAGGCUAGCACGUUUAGAAAAUGAUAAAGAAUCUCUCGUUCUCCAGGUAAGUGUGUUAACAGACCAGGUAGAGGCUCAGGGAGAGAAGAUUCGAGAUUUGGAGUUUUGUCUUGAAGAGCACAGGGAGAAGCUGAGCGCCACGGAAGAAAUGCUGCAGCAGGAGCUUCUGAGUAGGACAUCCUUAGAAACUCAGAAGUUGGAUCUGAUGGCUGAAAUAUCUAACUUGAAGCUCAAACUGACAGCUGUAGAGAAGGACAGAUUGGAUUAUGAAGAUAGGUUCAGAGACACCGAGGGGCUAAUGCAAGAGAUCAAUGAUUUGAGGUUAAGAGUCAGUGAAAUGGACAGUGAAAGACUUCAGUAUGAAAAAAAGCUGAAAUCAACCAAAGAUGAACUGGCCUCUUUAAAAGAACAGCUGGAGGAGAAGGAAACUGAAGUAAAAAGGCUACAAGAAAAGUUGGUGUGCAAGAUGAAAGGAGAAGGGCUGGAAAUUCUUGACCAAGAUAUUGAAGUACAAAAAAUGAAAAAGGCUGUGGAGUCUCUGAUGGCAGCAAAUGAAGAAAAGGAUCGGAAAAUAGAAGAUCUUCGACAGUGCCUGAACAGGUACAAGAAAAUGCAAGAUACGGUGGUACUGACCCAAGGUAAAAAAGGUCAAGAUGGCGACUUUGAAGAUCUGCUCACUUCCGGUUCCAUCUCCACUUUGCUGGAUGCGCAGGGUUUUAGUGACCUGGAGAAAAGUCUAUCACCUACACCAGUAAUGGGAUCUCCCAGUCACGACCCAUUUAACACAAGUGUUCCGGAAGAGUUCCAUACCAGCAUCUUGCAAGUUUCAAUCCCUUUGUUAUUGCCAGCAUCUAAGGGCUUGGAAUCUUCUGAAAAAGCAACAUUGCCUCCUCAACCAGAGACUUCAUUUGAAGAGAGUGAUGGAAAAAUAAUCCUUGGUGCUGCUGUUGAAACCCAGCCUUGUGAUAAUCUUUCAACUUCAAGUCUGCAAAAGUCCAGCAGCCUGGGCAAUCUGAAGAAAGAGUCAUCAGACGGGGAAAAGGAGUCCGUUCAGAAGCCUUCAGAGCAUAAAGCUCCAGUAGAAAGCAGCCCGUUUGGGAGCCUCCCUCUGAAAGCUCCAGGACAUGAUGCCUCCGUGGACGACAACCCCUUUGGCACUCGGAAAGCCAGAUCUUCCUUUGGGCGUGGCUUUUUUAAAAUAAAAAGUAACAAGAGGACUGCAAGUGCACCAAACUUGGAUCGUAAACGAAGUGCCAGUGCACCCACCUUAGCUGAAACAGAGAAGGAGACGGCUGAGCACCUAGAUCUGGCUGGUGUUUCUUCCCGGCCAAAAGAUUCGCAGGGAAGCAGUCCCUUCCACGUAUCUCCACCGUCGCCGGAUUCCAAAAAGAAAUCCAGAGGUAUCAUGAAGCUCUUUGGAAGACUUAGGAGAAGUCAAUCAACUACAUUCAACCCAGAUGACAUGUCUGAGCCUGAAUUCAAAAGAGGAGGGACAAGGGCAACUGCAGGACCGCGACUGGGUUGGUCUCGAGAUUUGGGACAAUCUAAUAGUGACUUGGAUAUGCCAUUUGCCAAAUGGACCAAGGAGCAGGUUUGCAAUUGGCUUGUGGAACAGGGCUUGGGGUCCUACCUGAAUUCUGGCAAGCACUGGAUUGCAUCUGGCCAAACACUGCUGCAGGCUUCUCAACAAGAUCUGGAGAAGGAACUUGGAAUUAAGCAUUCACUUCAUCGAAAGAAACUCCAGCUGGCACUGCAAGCCCUGGGGUCCGAAGAAGAAACCAACCACGGAAAGCUGGAUUUCAACUGGGUCACUAGGUGGUUGGAUGAUAUUGGUCUCCCCCAGUACAAGACCCAGUUUGACGAAGGACGGGUAGAUGGCCGAAUGCUCCAUUACAUGACUGUCGAUGACUUACUGUCCUUGAAGGUCGUGAGCGUGCUACACCAUCUCAGUAUCAAAAGGGCUAUCCAGGUCCUGAGGAUCAAUAACUUUGAACCCAACUGUCUGCGGAGAAGGCCGUCCGACGAGAGUAGCAUCACGCCAUCAGAAGUUCAGCAGUGGACCAACCACCGGGUGAUGGAAUGGCUGCGCUCCGUGGACUUGGCAGAAUAUGCCCCCAAUCUCAGAGGCAGUGGUGUCCAUGGUGGGCUCAUGGUUCUAGAACCUCGUUUUAAUGUAGAAACAAUGGCUCAGUUAUUGAACAUCCCACCAAGUAAGACCCUCUUGCGAAGACAUUUGGCCACUCAUUUCAACCUUCUGAUCGGUGCUGAGGCCCAGCACCAAAAGCGUGAUGCCAUGGAGUUACCAGAUUAUGUACUUCUAACAGCCACUGCCAAAGUGAAGCCAAAGAAACUUACCUUCAGCAAUUUUGGGAAUCUGAGAAAGAAGAAACAGGAAGAUGGGGAAGAAUAUGUUUGUCCAAUGGAAUUGGGACAGGCAUCAGGAAGUACCUCCAAGAAAGGAUUUAAACCUGGAUUGGACAUGCACCUGUAUGACGAAGAUGAUUUGGACCGGUUAGAGCAGAUGGAGGAUUCAGAAGGGACAGUGAGACAGAUAGGAGCAUUCUCUGAAGGCAUCAACAAUCUAACCCACAUGUUAAAGGAGGACGACAUGUUUCGGGAUUUUGCCGCCCGUUCCCCCAGCGCCAGCAUCACCGACGAGGACUCCAACGUUUAAUCAUAGGACUUGAAUGAGCAUGAGGAGCCCCUCGUCUCUUCCCCACCUGAUUUCGCAAACGACUCCCAGA